UUGCUCUGAGUGAUGAAGGCUGGAAAUCUCUGCAGUACCUGGAGGAGGGAUGGAAGUCCAAGAUAGGAAGCAAAGAAAAUAACACAAGCUGAACUCAGGGAAGGUUCUUCACUGCCACAAAAUUGGAGCACUAAGGCUAUCUUUUAUGUGAAGUUGUCCUCUAUUGGAAGGAUCAUCCAGUCUGAUUCAAAGAUCAAGAAUCAUCAACAGCACCUGCACAGCAGACUACUCAUGCGGGUCACCUGGCUGUAGUCUUCCCCACUAUGGUGGCACUCCUGGCUGUGGCAGAAAUGAAUGAAAGCAUCGCCGUGAACAACUCUGGGGGCCCUAUCCCCUGGAUUCAAACCAGCAGUAGCAACUCUUCUCUGCAGCUUUCCUCCAAGCUCCCAAUCUUUAUCAUCAACCCUUGGGAUAUUAUGCUGUGCAUCUCUGGGACCGUCAUUGCCUGUGAAAAUGCCAUAGUGGUGGCCAUCAUAUUCUACACUCCCAACCUAAGAACCCCCAUGUUUGUGCUGAUUGGGAGCUUGGCCACAGCAGACCUCCUGGCUGGAGUUGGCCUAAUCCUCAAUUUUGUUUUCCAAUAUGUGAUCCAGUCAGAAACCAUCAGCCUUAUUACAGUUGGCUUCCUAGUUGCCUCUUUUACUGCCUCUGUGAGUAGCUUAUUAGCUAUCACAGUUGACCGUUACCUUUCCCUAUACAACGCACUGACUUACUAUUCUGAGAAGACUGUGCUCUGUAUUCAUGUGAUGCUGAUCAUCACCUGGGGGGUUUCCCUCUGCUUAGGACUUUUGCCUGUCUUAGGCUGGAACUGUCUCGAAGAUUACUCAUUGUGCAGUAUUGUCAGACCCUUGACCAAAAGUAAUGUGGCUUUGCUCUCUGCUUCCUUCUUUUUCAUCUUUAUCCUCAUGCUCCACCUGUACAUUAAAAUCUGCAAAAUAGUUUGCAGACAUGCACACCAGAUAGCACUCCAGCAGCAUUUCCUGACAGCAUCUCACUAUGUUGCAACCAAAAAAGGAGUUUCUACACUCGCGAUUAUCCUUGGGACCUUUGGAGCCAGUUGGUUGCCUUUUGCUAUCUACUGUGUAGUUGGAGAUUCUAACUACCCUGCUGUGUACACUUAUGCCACACUUCUGCCUGCUACUUACAACUCCAUGAUCAAUCCUAUAAUUUAUGCCUAUAGAAACCAAGAAAUUCAGAGGUCCAUGUGGGUUCUCUUUUGUGGCUGUUUUCAGUCUAAAGUGUCCUUUCGUUCAAGAUCCCCUAGUGAUGUCUAA